UCUGCUUGUGCCACUGAGCUCCACGUGACCAAACACGACUUUGUUACCCUGAAAAGGCUCUGGAAACUGAGAACGAAAAACCGGAAGGCAAUUCACAAGGAGAAAUAGAUUUUCCAUUUCUCCGACCUUCCGUGUCCGUAACCAGACGGAGAGCUGAAGUCUGCUGAUUCUGAUGACGUGAUUGUUCUGAUAUCUGGUUACUUGUGGUUCCCUCAGACGUCUGGCUGUCACCUACCCCGACUGUGGCACUAUCGAAAGAGAGGAUUCUGGGAUAGGUUCAUGCCGUGGUUGCGCCGCUGUAUGGAGGUGUAGGGAGGAGCAGGACUCUUGUGGGACGCUGGUGGAGAUCAUGGGAAAAGAGCAAGAUCUUCUGCAAGCGGUCAAGAAUGGAGAUCUAGCUACUACACAGAAACUGCUGGCCAAGGUCAAAGCCAGCAAAAGCAAGUUACUGGGCUCCACCAAGAGGCUGAACAUCAACUAUCAGGAUCCAGACGGGUUUUCAGUGUUGCAUCAUGCAGCUCUCACGGGCACUACGGAGUUGCUCUCUCUGCUGUUGGAAGCUCAGGCUGUUGUGGACAUCAAGGAUAGCAAUGGCAUGCGGCCGCUGCAUUACGCAGCAUGGCAGGGUAAAGCUGACUCGGUGCUCAUGCUGCUGAGAUCAGGGGCUGCCGUUAACAACGCGUCUCACGACGGGCAGAUUCCACUGCACCUGGCUGCUCAGUACGGACACUAUGAGGUGUCUGAGAUGUUGUUGCAGCACCAGUCGAACCCGUGCAUUCUAAAUAAGGCUAAGAAGACUCCUCUGGAUCUGGCCUGUGAGUUUGGCCGAGUGAAGGUGGCGCAGCUGUUGUUGAGCAGUAAUAUGGUUGCCUCUCUGUUAGAGGGAGAUCGGAGAGACGGGUCAGACUCAAACUGUAACACUCCUCUGCACCUCGCCGCACGCAACGGACACAAGGACGUCAUCCGGCUUCUUCUGAAAGCAGGUAUUGACAUCAACAGAACCACUAAAGCUGGCACAGCGCUCCAUGAGGCCGCCCUCUAUGGGAAGACAGAGGUAGUGCGGCUACUCCUGGAUAAUGGGAUUGAUGUCAAUAUCCGUAACACUUACAAUCAAACAGCCCUGGACAUCGUCAACCAGUUCACCGCAUGCCACGCCAGCAAAGACAUUAAGCAGCUCUUACGAGAAGCUACAGGAGUUCUUCAGGUCAGAGCUCUGAAAGACUUCUGGAAUCUUCACGACCCCACGGCCCUCACCAUACGCGCCGGUGACGUCAUCACGGUGAUAGAGCAGCAUGUGGAUGGACGCUGGAAGGGCCACAUUCAUGACACCCAGAGGGGAACAGACCGAAUUGGCUACUUCCCCCCCUCCAUAGUUGAGGUCAUCAGCCGACGCUCAGGUACAAUAAUCACCUGAAUUUUAGCAGGUUGACCAAAUUUUUGAAGCUUCACAGGCCGUGGUCAUUAUAUGUUUUUGUUUGAUGGAUUUUAUUACAGCCAUUAACCCUGCCAAUAACAUUGUUUCCUUUACUGAAUCAGUAACAGGCUGACAGAUGUAAUCUAGACUUGUCUAUGUCUUCCAUCCCACUGCUUCCCAUGUAAUAAAUGUUAAUCUCUAACCUCC